UGUUUCUCAUCAGUAUCAUAUACUUCUUUCACUUUUCAGCUUCUGUGGGUGAACCUCAUAAUGGACACACUUGGAGCUCUUGCAUUAGCAACCGAGCCUCCAACAGACAACCUUAUGAAGAGAAAUCCUGUUGGUCGAAGGGAACCUCUUGUUACAAAUAUCAUCUGGAGAAACUUGUUUGUUCAGGCCCUUUACCAAGUAGCAAUUCUUCUGCUUUUCAAUUUUGAUGGAGUAAGGAUUCUGCGUCUGCAGAAUGAAAGCCGAUCUGAUGCUGAGAAGAUAAAAAAUACUUUCAUCUUCAACACAUUUGUAUUUUGCCAGGUGGAGUAUUUGUUCUUCAAUAAUUUAAGAAUCAUAACAGAACAUUAGUGGACAAAUCUUGCUUCACCUUUUAGACAAAAACAUACUGACAUUGGAUUGUUCCCAAAAGGAAAGAUCAAUAUUAAGUUGACUAUAAAUUGAUAGUAGUUUUCCCCCAAAAGGGACUAAUGUGUACCCUAGCCUUGAUACUACAUGGAUAUUUUUCUUCACGUAAGGACUCGUUAUAAGCUAUUCA